UGUGCCGCGGUCCCUGGCUCAUGACCAUUUCAUUGAGCUAUAUAUAAACAUACAAAUCCAGGAGGGCAAACUUUAUCAGUGCGCUGCGAGGGAGGAGACGGUGCAGGCCGUGCACUCAGCGAAGGAAAACUCAGCCAGCAAGUGAACAUCCUGCUUUCCAGAUGGAAGACCCCGUGCAGCUGAAGGACGAAGGGAAUAAAUAUUUCCAAAACAACGAUUAUGAGAAUGCAAUUAAAAGCUACUCAAAAGCGCUGAAACUCACCAAAGACAAGACACUCCAGGCUGUUUUGUACCGAAACCGAGCAGCUUGUUUUCUGAAAAAGGAGAGCUAUGCCCAGGUGGCAACAGAUGCAUCUAGAGCUAUUGAUAUAGAUCCUGCUGACAUUAAGGCCUUGUAUCGGCGCAGCCAGGCUCUCGAGAAGCUGGGCAAGCUGGACCAGGCCUUCAAAGACAUCCAAAGAUGUGCCACCAUUGAGCCCCGGAACAAAAACUUCCAGGAGACCCUUCGCCGUUUGGGAGCUGAGAUCCAGGAGAAGUUGCGGAUCCAGUUCUCGACCGAUGCCAGAGUGCAGCAAAUGUUUGAAAUUCUGCUGGAUGAAAACAGCGAGAAAGAGAGACGGGAGAAGGCAGCAAACAACCUCAUUGUCCUUGGUCGGGAGGAUGCAGGAGCAGAGAGGAUAUUCCAGAACAAUGGUCUGCCCUUGCUGGUGAGGCUGAUAGAAACCAAGAAUCCAGAGCUGAUCCUCGCGGCAGUGAGGACCCUUUCGGGGAUGUGCACGGGACACAAGGCACGGGCCACCGCCAUUCUUCACAUGCUGGGAAUCGACAACAUUUGUAUGUGGAUGUCCAUAGACCACGAAGAGAUCUCGCUGGCCGUCUGCCACUUUCUACAGACCAUCACUGACUCUUUAACUGGGGAGGGCAAGAAAGAUGAACACGGGAAAGAAGAUGCUCUGGUGCUGGACACCAAGAAGGAUCUGAGGAACAUCACAGUGCACCUUCUGGACAUGCUUCCCAAUAAGAAGGUAUCAGGGCGAGGCCGGGACCAGGCUCUCAACCUGCUCAAUAAAAACGUGCCGAGGAAGGAUCAGAAGAUCCACGACAACAGCCGUACCCUCUUUGUGAUUGACCACGGUCUGAAAAAGAUCCUGAAACUUGCUGGCCAGAUCCCAGACAUGCCCAACUGCCUGCCGUUGACAGAGAACACUCAGCUGACAGCUUCUGUUCUUCUGAACAAACUGUAUGACGACCUGCGAUGUGAUUCCGAGAGAGAGAACUUCCGGCAGAUCUGCGAAGAGUACAUUCAGAGCAAAAUUGACCCCAAAGACAUGGAUAAGACUCUGCAAGCCAUUCAGAUAGUGUCUGGAGUCUUGCAAGGACCAUUCGAUCUGGGCAACCAGCUGCUGGGGAUGAAGGGCGUCAUGGAGAUGAUGGUGGCCCUGUGUGGCUCUGACCGAGAAAUUGACCAGCUGGUGGCCGUGGAAGCCCUCAUCCACGCCUCCACCAAGCUUAGCCGGGCCACCUUCAUCAUCACCAAUGGAAUCACCUUGCUGAAGGAAAUUUACAAGAAGACCAAGAAUGAGAAGAUCAAAAUCCGAGCUCUGGUGGGUCUUUGCAAGCUGGGCUCUGCUGGGGGGACUGACUACGGGCUACGCCAGUUUGCUGAAGGAUCUACUGAAAAGCUCGCAAAACAGUGCCGGAAAUGGCUAUGCAACCCCGCCAUAGACACCCGCACUCGGAAAUGGGCCAUAGAAGGUCUAGCCUAUCUGACCCUGGAUGCUGAUGUCAAGGAUGAUUUUGUGGAAGAUGAGCCAGCCAUGCAAGCCAUGUUUGACCUCUCCAAGACAAGCGACAAGACCAUUUUGUACUCCGUGGCGUCCGUCUUGGUCAACUGCACCAACAGCUAUGACGUCAAGGAAAUCAUCCCAGAACUUGUGCAACUGGCCAAAUUUUCCAAACAGCAUGUGCCCGAGCAGCACCCCAAGGACAAGAAGGACUUUGUCGAGAAGCGAGUGAAGCAUUUGAUCAAAGCCGGAGUCACCUCUGCAUUGGUUUGCAUGGUGAAAGCAGACAGCGCCAUUUUGACCGAUCAGACCAAAGAACUCUUGGCUCGUGUUUUCCUUGCCUUGUGUGAAGACCCCAAGGACCGUGGUACCGUUGUGGCUCAAGGAGGUGGAAAGGCCUUGAUACCGUUAGCUUUAGAAGGCACAGAAACUGGCAAAAUAAAAGCAUCUCAUGCACUUGCAAAGAUUGCUGCCGUCUCCAAUCCAGAUAUAGCAUUCCCUGGAGAGAGAGUGUAUGAGGUCGUGCGGCCGUUAGUCAGCUUACUAAACACAGAGCGAGAUGGGUUACAGAAUUUUGAGGCUCUGCGUGGUCUCACUAACUUCUCUGGAAGAAGCGACAAACUCAGGCAGAAGAUUAUCAAAGAGAAAGCCAUGCCCGAGAUUGAAAACUACAUGUUUGAAAACCAUGACCAGCUCCGACAGGCGGCGACAGAAUGCAUGUGCAACCUGGUCAUCAACAAAGAGGUUCAAGAGAGAUUCCUAGCUGAGGGAAAUGACCGGCUCAAGCUAAUUGUGUUGUUGUGCGGAGAAGAUGACGAGAAAGUUCAGAAUGCAGCGGCAGGAGCCCUAGCCAUGCUGACGGCAGCACAAAAGAAGCUGUGCCAUAAGAUGACCCAAGUGACAACCCAGUGGCUGGAGAUUCUACAGAGACUUUGCAUUCAUGACAAACUGGAUAUCCAAUACCGGGGACUAGUGACUGUUUAUAACUUAAUCCAGGCUGACCAAGAGCUGGCUAAGAAAUUGGUGGAGAGCGAGAUGUUGGAGAUUCUGACCGUGAUCGGCAAGCAGAAAGAUAACCCCAGCUGCCAGCAUGUGCUCAAAGUGGCCCGUGACUGCCUUAUUAAAUUCAUGGACUAUGGUCUGAUCAAGCCUGUGUCUCAGCCAUAAGGACACAGCAAGCAGAAAUCGAAAAUGAUGAAGACUAGGAAAGCAGAAAGGCUGAAUACAUGCCAAAAUCACCAUAAGAAAACAUGUAAAUUCCUAUACUAAUGGGUUAAAUGCAUGCCAGAAUUUGGUUCCUGCACUGACAGUUUUUCUCUCAGGAAGUUAACUGCCCAAUAAAGCACUCUGGCUUCAGAGAACAUUGGAUGUGCUCAAAGCCUUAUGUGUCUGAAGCAGUGGCUCACGAAAGCUCAUACCCUACCAGAGUUAGUCUUCAAGGUCCUAUGAGAUUAGGCCAUAUAUAGAAUUCCAUAUUCUGUAUAUAGUGCCUCUUAUAUGGAAUACAAAAUUGCCCCUUUGGUAUUUUAGGAGUUAUGAGUAGUUUUUAUAAGUAUUAUCCUUGCUAUUUAAUACAUUAGCUUUGAGAGAGGUGAGCACUCAGACUUUUUGUAUAUCAACUAAGUGAUUUUAUGGGAUUGUCAUUCUAGGAUGGCAGUUUCUUAAUAAAAGUAGUUCUUGGCGGAA